AUGAAGUACACUAUCGUCGUUUCGGCGACUGCGUCCGACGCAGCACCCCUUCAGUACCUUGCGCCUUAUUCUGGCUGUGCCAUGGGCGAGUAUUUCCGUGACAAUGGAAAACACGCUCUCAUAAUCUACGACGACCUUUCGAAGCAGGCUGUUGCCUAUCGUCAAAUGUCCCUACUCCUGCGUCGUCCCCCAGGCCGAGAAGCAUACCCUGGCGAUGUCUUUUACUUGCAUUCCCGUCUGCUAGAACGUGCUGCCAAAAUGAACGACAGCUAUGGUGGUGGUUCACUCACUGCACUUCCAGUUAUCGAGACUCAGGCUGGCGACGUGUCGGCCUAUAUCCCGACCAAUGUGAUCUCCAUCACCGAUGGACAAAUAUUCUUGGAGAGCGAACUGUUUUACAAGGGCAUCCGUCCGGCCAUUAAUGUCGGUUUGUCUGUCAGCCGAGUUGGCUCUGCUGCUCAGACCAAAGCUAUGAAGCAGGUUGCUGGUCGUAUGAAGCUGGAACUCGCUCAGUACCGAGAAGUUGCUGCCUUUGCCCAGUUCGGCUCUGAUCUAGAUGCCAGCACACAGGCGCUCCUGAAUCGUGUCCCCAUGUCUAUUGAGGAGCAAAUCGUCGUUAUCUACUGUGGCGUACGUGGUCAUCUUGACAAAAUGGAUCCUGCCAAGAUCACGAAGUUCGAAAGUGACUUUUUGAAGUACUUCUUGGCAAACCAUCAAGAUAUCUUGAAAACCAUCCGCGAGGUCGGCCAAAUCUCUCCCGAGCUUGAUGCCAAACUGAAAAAGGUUGUUACCGAAUUCUUGGGCGGAUACCAAGCCUAG